UGCGUCAUUUCCAGCUAUACCAGCGAAAACUGGAGUCGUUUCGUCUCCAGUCUUCUUCUUUCUGUAACGUUACAGUUGUCUUUCCUGGCCUCCAAACCACCCGACAAGUCGUGUCUCUGACGUGGCGGUACAUCUGCUAUGGUGUACCAAGUCAGGAUGAACGGGGGAGCCGGCAUUCCCUCGGAUAUGAUCUACAUUGAUCUUGUGAUUCAGGAUCCUCAGACGUUCACAGACGACAAGGGUCGGAUCACCACCUACGAGAUCGCCCUCGAGACAAACAGCAUCUCCUUUAUCCUGAAGUCUUCCCGUGUAAGACGGCGGUUCGAGGAGUUUGUGUGGCUGAGAGGUCAACUAGCGGAGAUCCAUGGACUCUCUGACCUGCCGCCGUUGCCCAGUGGAGGUCUCCUACGGAUGUUUGGACGGCAGUUUGACAAGGAGUUCAUCAGAGAGAGACAGAAGCUACUACAGAAGUUCACAGAAAAGUAA